CCAAUAUGGGAAGGACAAGCACACACAAGCUCAGCCUUUGGCUCAAAUUCUUCUCUUGAUGCAACAAAGUGAUAUCUGCAUAUGCUCGAGAAAUCACAGGUCUCAUCCAAAAUGAGUGAGACGCCUUCUACUAGUUUCUCCAUGAUUCAUCCGAUGUCUUCUGAAGGUCAAGUUCCUUCCCCUCGUCAUGCAAACAUCACUCGUCCUGUAGUGGCCAAACGCAUCAGCUUCUACAAGAGCGGAGAUCCCCAGUUUGGCGGUGUGAAGGUGGUAGUCAAUUCUCGUUCCUUUAAGACCUUCGAUGCUCUGCUGGACAAUUUAUCUAGGAAGGUGCCCCUGCCCUUCGGGGUGAGGAAUAUCAGCACGCCCCGUGGAAGGCACAGUAUCACCAAGCUGGAGGAGCUGGAGGACGGGGAGUCCUAUCUGUGUUCCCACAAUAGGAAGGUGCUGCCAGUUGACCUGGACAAGGCCCGCAGGCGCCCGAGGCCCUGGCUCAGUAGCCGUUCUAUAAGUACGCACGUGCACCUCGGCUCUGUUACUGCCGCAAUGCCCACCACUGCUCCUGCCAUGCUUCGCGCUCCCAGGAGGCUCGUGGUCUUCCGGAAUGGUGACCCGAAGACCAGGCAUGUGGUCCUUCUCAGCCGGAGAGUUACCCAGACCUUCGAGGCCUUUCUGCAGUAUCUGACACAGGUCAUGCAGUGUCCGGUGACCAAACUUUAUGCCACAGAUGGAAGAAAAGUUCCUAGUCUCCAGGCAGUGAUACUGAGCUCGGGAGCUGUGGUGGCAGCUGGAAGGGAGCCAUUUAAACCUGGAAAUUAUGACAUCCAAAAGUACUUGCUUCCUGCAAGGUUACCAGGGAUCUCUCAUCGUGUGUACCGGAAGAGUAAACCUUCCUUAGAAAAAAGAAAGAGUGGAAACUGGAAGGUUUCAGUAAUCACGAGUGACUUUCCAAAUGCAGGGACCAGCUCACAGGUUUAUAUUGUAUUGUAUGGACAAUGCAGAAGCUCAAUGCCUAUAUAUCUUUAUGGAAGAGAUGGUGCUCGGUUUCAGGAUGGACGCAAAGACAUCUUUACUAUCACGGUUGGGGAUAUAGGAAAGCCAUUUAAGAUUCGUAUUGGCCACACUAAUUCUGGAUGCUCCCCUUCUUGGCACUGUAAGGGGAUAGAAUUACAAAACAUGAAUUCUGGAGAAAAGUUUUAUAUUCCUGUUCAACGAUGGCUGGCACAAGAGAAAGAGGAUGGAGAAAUCUGCCGAGAAUUCCCGAUUUUAAGUAAAGGACAACCUGUCCUUCCUGUGACCAAAUAUGAGGUGUAUAUUACAACAGGCGAGCUCUGGAAUGCUGGAACAUUAGCAAAUGUCUACCUUUCUAUCUAUGGGGAAAAAGGAGAUACAGGAUCCAGGAAACUUUUUAGAUCAAAGAGCGCUUUAAAGUUUUUAAGAGGACAAAUUGAUACCUUCUUCCUAGAAGCUGUAAACCUUGGAAAUUUAUGCAAGAUUGUGAUAGGCCAUGAUGGCCUUGGACCAGGAAAUGGCUGGUUUCUUGAGGAUGUUGUCAUCAGGGAUCCCACUACCAACCAUGAGUAUGCAUUCUUCUGUCACAGAUGGUUGGAUGAAGGAGAAGAUGAUGGUAGAAUUGUCAGAGAAAUGUAUGCUAUGGAUAAUACUAUCUUCUCUGUGAGGAAGAAACUAGAACUUAAGAGAAAGGAAACAUGGGCAGCCGAGAGCUGGAAGUUCAGGAGAGGAAAUACUCUUCAGUUUUACAACAAGAUUACUGGAGGGUUUGUCCGUCUACAUCCUGAUGGCAUGGUUGAUGCUGUUGGAGAGCAGACAGACAGAUACGGUCUCUUCGAUGUGAUUUUCAACAAAGGGAAUAUAUGCAUUUUCCAAAGUCAUGAGAUGAGGCAUCUGUCCCUUGCCUUUGACAAUAGUGUUGUCACUGGAAUGCCUAGUGGAGGAGCCCUCACCGAGCUGCGGGUACUCUAUCAGCCCAACCGCUGUGCCCUGCUUGAGUCAGCGCUGUGUCCGGGUCAUACCCUGGUUGUUGAUCGUCAAGGAAAAAUAGCUGAUGAAUCAUCUGUAGGCUAUGCAGAACUUUCAAAAGAGUUCUUGGUUUUUGUUAAGGGAAUAUUCCUCAACAGCGCUGUGGUUAUGCUAGCUACAAGCUUGUGUCAGGCCCUAUGUCUACAGCCCGAUGGGACCUGCACUGGUGCAGGCAACCAGUCAGAACAAUCCUACUGGAGAGUGCAUAGAGUCAGUUCUGGGAUUUGCAUGUUUGAAAGUGUGAAAAAUGCACGGAUGUUCCUGAGGAUUAAGGAUGGGCACUGUAACGGAACAGGUACUGGAGAUACUGAUUGCCAUUUUAAAAUCAAGAGGAACCUGGAAAAUGCAUCUAUAAGUCUGGAAUCUCUCAAGAGCCCAGGACUGUUUGUUGGACUUCAGCCAGACGGACAGGCAAAACCAGUCAUUUAUACUAAAGAUGAGAAUGUUUGCUUCUAUCCACAAGUCAUCCAAUUUGGCAGAGAAAACCCAAUGGGAAUGUCUGCAACACCCAGCCAAGGGGAAGAUGAGAUCCAUACGUCAAAAUACCAGAAAGAAGCGCCACCAGAACCCAAGGCCAGACAUCCCUCACUGUUGUCAUCAGAAGAAGAAAGCAGGCAUUCCUACACUACUGAGACUCUUCAGGCAGAAGAUAAAUGGAGGGUUUUAGUGCUGACUGGAGAUAUGGGGACUCAAGCCAAUGUCACACUCUGGGUGUAUGGAGAUGAAGGAGUCACUGGACCAAUCAGUCUUACCAAGGAGAGCCCAGAGCACCUAUUCCUUCCAGGACAGCAGGAUGAGUUUCAGGUUGUUCUGAGAAGCAUUGGAGAAAUAUACAAGAUCAGGAUAGGACACGACGGAAAUAGUGGGCAGCCAGAGUGGAGCUUGCAGAGGGUAACAAUGGAACAUAUGAAGAGCAAGAAGACCCUAACUUUUGAUGCAAAUGCAAGGCUGUCUCGGAAUCACGCAAAUGGGGACAUUGUCUGUGAGCUUCCUGUAAUGAAAGAAGGAGAGCCUAUUUUUCCAUUGGUGAGAUAUCAUGUUGAUGUCUAUACUGGGCAGCUGAAAAAAGCAGAAACAGAAUCUGACAUCUACCUCUGUCUCUACGGUGAAAGGGGAGACUCCGGCCUUCGGCUGCUGCACAGAUCCAACAUGCCAGUUCGUUUUCAAAGAGGACAGAUUGAUGCAUUUCAAAUAGAAGCAGUGUCUCUUGGAAACCUGCAGAAGGUGCUGCUGCACUGCGAGGCCAGUGAUAAAUCCCAGUAUUGGUAUUGUGAGAAGAUUGUCAUCAGAGAGCCAGGCACAACAUCAGAAUCCAUCUUCAUCUGUGAAAGAUGGAUUCCAUUCAUGUCCCAAGGUUUAAUGCAUUCAGAAAUUGAACUUUAUUGUCAAGAGAUGCAAAUAAAUCAUCCACCUAAAAUACAAGAGAAAGCAAAUGAUGGGGACUGGAAAGUGACAGUUGUCACUGGAGAUCUUGAAAGGGCUGGCACCACGGCAACAGUAUCCCUUUGUGUUUAUGGAGAAGCAAAAUGUUCAGGACCUAUAAUUUUGGGGUCUGGAAAGCACCACCUGUUUAACCCCAACAGUGCAGAUAUAUUUAAGGUUAAUUGCACCUUGACUCAUUUGGAUAUGAUUUUUGUGGAUGGUAAUAAGUGUGGAUAUAUUUGUUUCUUCUACAUGUAACCAUCAAGUUUGACCAGCACCAUUUGUUGAAGAUGAUAUCCUUUUUCCAAUGUAUAUUUCUGGGUUCUUUGUCAAAAAUCAUAAGCCGUAGUAGUGUGGACUUAUGUUUGGGUCUUCAAUUUAAUUCCAUUGAUCAAUGCAUCUGUUUUUAUGGCAAUAACAUGCUGGUAUUAUUGCUACAGCUCUAGUACAACUUGAGAUUGGGGCUUGUGAUACCUCCUGCGGUUCUUUCAUUAUUUGGGAUUCUUUUAUCUAUCCUGAGUAUUUUGUAUUCCCAUACGAAGUUGAAAAUUGUCCUUUCAAGAUCUGUGAAAACUGUGUUGGAAUUUUGAUGGGGAUUGCAUUGAAUUUACCUUUUCCUGGCCCAAGGCAUGUGUUGAUGGCAUGUUUAUAGGAUCAGUAACAAUUGAUAAAUUAUGGUUUUCUGAUUUGUGGAAUGUCUUACCUAAGUACUUUCUCUGAUCUUGUCUGAUAUCAAUAGUGCCCAUUCUAGUUUACUCCCUAUUAUUGUAAUAAAACACUGACCUAAACCAAGACAGAAAUGCAAACUGUUUAUUUGUUUUAUGCUCUUACUUAGGGAAGCCAAGGAAGGAAUCUGGAAACAGCAACUGAAGCAGCUACUAUGAAGGAACACUGAUUUUUGUUUGAUCCUAUGCUCAUAUUCAGCUGUUAUUCUUACAUAAUCCAAGCCCAUGUGCCUGGAGUGACACUGCCACAAUGGGUUGGCCCCUCCUCCUUAAGUUAGCCAUCAAGAAAAUGCCCCACAGAAGUGCCACAGACUAAUAUAAUGGAGUCAAUUCCUCAACUGAGGUUUUUUCUUUGUGGUUACUCUAGUUUAUAUCGAUUUGAAAGAAACUAAGCAGCACAGGGCUCAAGGACACAAAUGCAGAAAACACAGUGGUGUCUGGUAGAGACUCCUCCCUUGUUCACAGCACUGGAGAGAAUCUACAUCACAUGCAGCAUCAUCACAAGGAACCCAAACUGAAAUCAUGUCAUCUCUAUAGCACAGUUGUUAAAAAAACUCUCAGGGAACUGCAUCAUCAUUUCAGUGAAACUGUAGCAAAAAAUAAAAAACCCUGAAAAUUUGAAGGCUUAUCACAGAUAUACCAAAAAAAUAAAAAAGACAUUAGUAACUGUUACUAAAAAUUCUUCCCAAUAAGCAAUGCCUAUCCUAUUUCCUAAGGGCCCUGGGAUAUACAAAGACACUGUUCCACUGAGGUUCACUGUGGGUAACCUUAUAACGCAUAGGUGAGGGAUUGCUUAGGGAUGUGGAUAUACCUCCCUCAUCAGGCCACACCUGAAAUCCUUAACCAGAAGGGAUGAAGGUUUCCUUGCAGCCACAUAGAUUGAACCUCCUCUUCUAGUUUUCCCUGGCUUAUAUAUUCUAUUCCUUCCAGGAAGCCACACACAAUGAAGACAGUUAUACACAACAGGUGGUAGGGAUCAGAUGGAUACUAAGUGAGGGUCUUGUGAGCUUCUCCAUCCUCCACAAAGGGCCUUACACAGUCAGCAGUCUCACCUGGGAUGAUCUCCUAAAAGCUAAUCCCCAAGGUGGUUGCUUCGGUCAGAAGACAGUGACUCACAGCAGCAACAGAGAGCAUUUAAUUUAAACAGAAGUGCUGUGUUUCUAGAGACAGUUCAUGACUAAUAAGAGAACUGGCAGACUGCAAAAAUGCUUAAGGAAGUUAACAUUUUGGGGUGUGGCAAUGCUGUUAUGAAGUAGCAGAGGUGAAAAAGAUGCCAACAAAUGGAAGUCUGCAAGUCAGAUUCAUUCACCCAAGAUUUGUUAUGUAAACAUGAAAACACAAACAUGCUGUUUCCUCUUUUUGCUUUUUACUGGCUCAGCAAACAACUGCAGUUAAAUGGGAUUAGAAGAAAGACAUGAAGUUGUCCUGGACACAUGCUUUCCCCAGCUUGUCCUGAACACUGGCAGUGAAGUUUCCCAUCAGUGGAAUUUUUUUCUGUUGACUUCCUGACAGCAAUGUGGCAUAUUAAUGAAUUAUAUAUCUCCAUGAAGAAUAAGUACAUGAUACUUCUUCACUCUGCAUUUACAGUUAGAAUACUGAAGAAUUAAAAACUGAAGGAUAGUAUUUAUGAUGAUGCUAAUGAUCCCAGUUGAUGCUGAUAAAUAAACAUGAACAAACACUUGACAAAGAUUUUAGACUACGAUGGUGUUGGUGUUUGCUUGAAGAUAACCCUGCAAGUAAAGGCCUUGGAAGAUUUCCAGGUGUUUAAUGAGAUGCUGUUCAAUCUCAUUGCAAUAGUCUCAUACUCCUCAGCCCAAGAAUAAGUUAAAGAGUGCAGACAUAAAAAAGCUGCUAGCUUUGACAUGGCCACAUAUGCAAUUCUUCACGGAGCAGUAGCAACCACAGUAAAUGAAGGGCUGUCUGUGGAGAAAGCUCUUAAGAAAACUGAUUUGUCUUCCGAGGAAGAAUUUGUUACAGGAACUUGUUGCAGACAUGGAGAUGUUACGAAUGAAAUUAUGCCACAUGGCAGAGAAGCAACUGAGUCCUAAAAUAGGAGGAUCUCCAAAGGCGAAGAUGAAAUGUGGUUGGUCUUUUGUGGCCUCACACUGCUGUGCAAAGCAGGACACCCUGCAUCAGGUUUCUAGAGAAGACCAGAGAGAAUCUGUUCAGACUGGACACACUCACUCUUUUUUGAGACCUCAAGUUGGAAAAUGUCUGAAGAUCUCAGCUGAUGAGUGGCUGAGAGCAGCUGUGGGGCCCAUGUUGUUGUUACUCUCUUCCCUCCUCUUCUUUCAUUCAUGAAACAAGUGCUAAGCUUACAAAAAUGUCUAUGCAUUGAAGGAGUAAGCCUGAAAACCUGGAUCUGCACGUCAGCUUUCUUAAACCUCCAUUUACAUGCCUUUAUUCUGACUAACAAGCUUAUUGUCGGAACAACGUCCAAGAAUGAAGCCAUGUGAGGAUAUUGCUGAGUGCUUGUGAGAAAACUCCAAAAGAUGAAGGCAAGAGACUUGUGACCUAAGUUUCUUCAAAUAAGCAAUUAUUCUUGGAUUGUACUUUUGUGUUCCUCCUAGGUGCAGUGGAUAGGAUUGAGCUUACUUCAUAUUAAUCAUAACAAAUUUGUUAUUUGUUUAUAUAUGCCUCUCUGGAAAACAUAUAUUUACUAUGUGUGGCUUGCCCACCUUGUGGGGCUUGCCUUGGUGAUUGUACACUUUACUCAUGUAACUCUUCUUAAUUCUUAUAGUAUAAAUUGUCUGAUGCUCAGAAUAAAGUUGCCUACUGCGUGAGAAUUUAA